AUGUUAAAUUUCCAUAUCUUCAAAGUUUAUCUCUUUCUUACAUUCUAUCUGGUUUUUCAAACUUCAUCCGCCGUCAUUAGCUCUGAUCAUCACAUAGGUAACUCUCUGGUCUCAUCAAAGAAUGUGAUCGGAACUGAAGACAAACUGGGAGGAAUUCCAGAAAGCAAUAUAAGCAAAAAACAUAUCAAGCGGGCCAAUUCUCCCCCACCAGCCAAUGACGGCGGUGCUCAUCCAGCUCCAGCUGGCGGUAAAUCUUCACCCCCUGCUGGCGGUAAACCUCCAAGCGGCGGAGGCAAUCCUCCUGCUGGUGAUGGAAAGGGUAAAGCAGGCGCUCCUCCGGCCACUGGUGGACCCGGUUGUACAAAAUAUGUGAUUAUUAGUGCAAGAGGAACUGGUGAAUCUCAGACUAACCCUUCGAGUUACUCAGCAUGGAUUAAGGGUGUACUGGGUCAAGCACCAGGUGGAAGCAACUACGAAGUAGUAUAUCUCGCGGCUACAGAUUAUAUCAAUGGUCCAAUCCAAGGUGAGAAAGACACGAUCAGAUAUCUAAAUCAACAAAAGACAAAAUGUCCGGGACAGCAUUAUCUCUUGAUCGGUUAUUCUGAAGGUGCCAUCGUUGUUGCUCGAGCUAUACGUGCGUUACCUCUUCCAGAUUCACAAGUGGUAGGUAUCGUCCUUGUUGGAAACCCAGUUUGGAAACCUGGUAAACCGUACAACAGAGGCACUGCAAAAACCGGUCUAGGAUCAGCUUCGAUUCAAGGCAUUGAAAUUCCUAGCAAAUAUUCAAAAAAACUACUAGAUAUUUGUAAUAUUGAUGAUAUCGUUUGUACCUCAUCUGGUUCAAUGGUCGCUCAUGUAGCAUAUCAAAAUUCUUCUGCUUUCAAAGAAGCUCAAACUUGGGCUGUAGGAAAACUUAAAGGAAUCGGUGGCAAAUGA